CGAAAAGUUUGCCUCGUCCUCGCCGCGUCGGUUGGUCGGUGACUCGGUUCUGUAAUAUUUAGCCAAAAUAUCGAAAUCUGAUUUCCUGCCGGAUUUUGUGUUUUGUGCGUGUUGUGUGUGGUGCCGGAGGUUAUAUUCAUCCCGAUUCCAAGUUCGUUUUUCGCUGCAUUAGCACUGCCCGAUCUCUAGGCAACAAAAUGGUGAACGUAACCAUCUACGACCAAGCGCCCCAGCUGAAGCCCAACGAAGUACCGCAAAACAUGGCCGCUGGAGCUGAUAGCCAACUGGAGCACAUGUGCCGCCUGCAGUUCGACUCGCCGGUUCCCCAUGUUCGCUUGUCCGGAAUCGUGUGCACCAUCGGACCUGCCUCGCGCAGCGUCGAGAUGCUGGAGAAGAUGAUGGCCACCGGCAUGAACAUUGCCCGUAUGAACUUCUCUCACGGCUCCCACGAAUACCAUGCCGAGACUGUGGCUAAUGUCCGUCAGGCCGUGAAGAACUACUCCGCCAAGCUGGGCUACGAGCACCCCGUGGCCAUUGCUCUUGAUACCAAGGGUCCCGAGAUCCGUACCGGUCUGAUCGGAGGAAGCGGCACCGCCGAGAUCGAGCUGAAGAAGGGCGAGACCAUCAAGCUGUCCACCAACAAGGACUUCCUGGAGAAGGGCUCCCUUGAGGUGGUCUAUGUGGACUAUGAGAACAUCGUUAACGUGGUGAAGCCAGGCAACCGCGUCUUCGUCGACGACGGCUUGAUUUCUUUGGUGGUCAAGGAGGUGACCAAGGAUACUGUCACCUGCGAGGUCGAGAACGGCGGCUCUCUGGGCUCCCGCAAGGGUGUCAACUUGCCCGGCGUGCCUGUAGAUCUGCCAGCCGUCUCUGAGAAGGACAAGAGCGAUCUUCAGUUCGGUGUGGAGCAGGAUGUGGACAUGAUCUUUGCUUCGUUCAUUCGCAACGCCGCCGCUCUGACCGAAAUCCGCAAGGUUCUUGGCGAGAAGGGCAAGAACAUCAAGAUUAUUUCCAAGAUCGAGAACCAGCAGGGCAUGCACAACCUGGAUGAGAUCAUUGAGGCUGGUGAUGGUAUUAUGGUGGCCCGUGGCGAUCUCGGUAUUGAGAUCCCUGCUGAGAAGGUCUUCCUGGCCCAGAAGGCCAUGAUUGCCCGUUGCAACAAGGCCGGAAAGCCCGUCAUCUGCGCCACCCAAAUGUUGGAGUCCAUGGUGAAGAAGCCCCGCCCAACUCGCGCUGAGAUCUCCGAUGUGGCCAACGCUGUGCUUGAUGGCGCCGAUUGCGUCAUGUUGUCUGGUGAGACCGCCAAGGGCGAGUACCCGCUAGAGUGCGUCCUGACAAUGGCCAAGACCUGCAAGGAGGCUGAGGCUGCUUUGUGGCACCAGAACCUGUUCAACGAUCUGGUCCGUGGAGCAACCACUUUGGAUGCUGCCCAUGCUGCUGCUAUUGCUGCUGUGGAGGCUGCCACCAAGGCUAAGGCCGCUGCCAUCGUGGUGAUCACCACCAGCGGCAAGUCGGCCUUCCAGGUCAGCAAGUACCGCCCACGCUGCCCCAUCAUCGCGGUGACCCGCUUCCCGCAGACUGCCCGUCAGGCCCAUCUCUACCGCGGCCUGGUGCCCCUCAUCUACAAGGAGCCUGCUCUCAGCGACUGGCUGAAGGAUGUGGAUGUGCGUGUCCAGUUCGGUCUGCAGGUCGGCAAGAAGAACGGAUUCAUCAAGACCGGCGACUCCGUGGUCGUUGUCACCGGCUGGAAACAGGGCUCCGGAUUUACCAACACCAUCCGCAUUGUCCCCGUCGAAUAAACCUUUGGCGCUCAGGAUGUACCUUGAUGCAUCGCAUCGGCUGCGGUCAUCACGUUAAAGAUUAAUAUUAAUAACCAAGCUAAUUUAUUAAUAACACAAUAUUUGGAAUAUUGGAAACUGCAUGAGGAUGCUAGAACCGCUGUCAAGACGCCGAAAGCCGUCUUUGGCCCAAACAGACACACAAAUAUAAUGUAUCAUUGUUGAAUAAUAUAGUUUUUUCAAAAAGAAAUAAAUUCGAUAUAUGUAUGUAUUAA